AUGUCUCAAAGUCGGGUGAAGAAACACGAAAAGACCCCUUGGUUCUUUAACGUGCACGAUAAUGGGAUACAACUUCCCUGGGUUGAACCAGUGCUGAAUUUCGGAGUGGCAGAAUUCUUGGUUUUGUUGUUUAUAGACACAGCCUACGGUGCUCUAGACUGCUUUAACUGUACAGACUUACACAGUUUGGACGAGUGUCACACCAUCAAGACAUGCACCGAAUCACAGUCUUGUUUCACGGAGACGUAUAUAAAAAAUGGCGAGGUUCUUUUUGAACUGGGGUGCCGAGAAAAAUUGUUUUGUAACGGUAUCGACCAAACACAUCUGUUCGGUCGACAAGUGAAUGCUGGAUGUAACCAGUGCUGCAUGCUGCACGGUUGUAACAAAUACCUUUGUCCGGUCCGCUUCACGACGCCACGGCCACCUGUUGACGGGAACUGGUCGACUUGGGGUAGUUGGGGCUCCUGUCAGCCGGACUGCGGUAUCGGUCUCCAGUUCCGAUACCGCCAGUGUGACAGCCCACCACCUUCCGCCAACGGGCGUCUAUGUUUGGGAGACGCCAAGGAUGUAGCGCUCUGUCACAAUCUGCCUUGUACAGACGCACCGACUACAUCCGAAAAUCAUCGACCAUCGGUAUCAACCACAACCAGUACCACAACAACAACAACAACAACAACAACCACAACUCCGGACCCUGUAACCAUAGUAACCACUGACCCACCAGUUACCAAUACGACAAGUACGCACUAUCUCGAUCAGUAUACAACUAACAACAUGUCGCAGGCUCCUGGAGAGUGCCGAGACCUUGUUGACUGCUCCGGGUACUAUAGACCGGAGUCCUGUUCUGGCAUAUACAGCGCAUGGUCGCACAAAUACUGCCCUGCUCACUGUGGAUUCUGUCCUACGUCACCCGUGCCGUGCGUGGACACGAUAACAAACUGCCACGAGUAUGAGGAUGACAUUUGCACGAGCAUUUCAUUUUGGCAAUGGAGAGAAUCACACUGCAGAAAAUAUUGCGGAAUUUGUUUAUAGCAGUAUCUUUGAUAUGCUGAAGAUACGAACAUUUUAUUACCAAACAUUACAGAGGGUAGUAUGUGUUAAAAUACAUCGAGAAUUAUAAAAGUGUGUAUUAGAUAUGUUUAUUUGAGUCUGAAACACGGUUUUGAAAUAUGUUCUGAGUUCGGUGUGUGUAUUUUAUAUACUGUUGUGCUUAGAACGCUGUUUUUCGUCGAAUAUUCCAUGGAGGAAGAUGAGAAAAAACACUGCCGAAUAUAAGAAAUUUAUGUAUCUGUAACAGUCGGGCGUGUUGUAAAAGGUGAAAACAUUGCCACAAUAUGUGUGUAAAUAUAUGACUAUAAGAAUUUUCGAAAUAGGAACUGUAGUGCGUGUGUAGUUUCCUUUUCAUGUGGAUUGUAUUUUUCAAUGAUAUGAAACGUGAUCAGUCGAACCCCGUUGGCUCGAACUCUCUUGGCUCGAUUUCUUCGCUGGCUCGAAAUCGAAGUAAAAGACCGAUUUGUAUAAACUUAAUGUAAGCAUUCCCGCUUGUCUCGAAUUUACCGAGGCUCGAAGUAAUUUCGCUGGACCUUGGAGUUCGAGCCAACGGGGUUCGACUGAAUAUGUAUUGAACAUUAUGUGAGUGUGAGAGCAAGGUCGUGGACUGUGCUAAGAACCGGCAUUAUUGUUGUGCAUAGAACAGUUGGUAAAAUAUAUGCAACAUUUAUUAAUGUAUUUGUAUUUGAGUCAUCAUUUCUUUUAAACAUUAUUUAUUUUGUAUUAUGUAUCAUAUAUAGACAACAUGCAUAUAAACGUAAAGGAUUGAGGAGAAAGCCAAAGAUUUAUACUGGGACCCUUUAUUCCUAUUUCAGUGUGUAUGUAUACCACGUGAUAAAUUGCGUCAUAAGUGUGUAUGUAUACCACGUGAUAAAUUGCGUCAUAAAUGCUACGUCGGAGGGCAACUUUUUGCUUCGAAUAAAGACUUUAUACAAAGAUAACUUCACUAUUUCUUCACCAUAUUAAAUGAAACAUAGCGCCACGCCUUCGGUCUUUUACCAGAGUUUGUUUGAGAGUUUAGUUUCUUAAAACACUUCGACAAACCUUUUCACAAAACGGCCGUCUGACGGAGCAAUGUCAAAACAUUAUUUUGGAAACAGGUUUGUCGAAGUGUGUGAUGAAACUAAUCAUCUUAUCAAACUCCGGUAAUAAAAAGAAGGCGGGGCUCCUUAAGUGGCAUAGACUGCCCUUUGAUUCAUUUAAAAUGGUGUAGUAAAGGAAAAAUUAUCUUUGUUUUUUGUCUUCAUUUUAAGCAAAAUGUUGCCUUCCGAUGUAUCAUAUUUGACGUAAUUUAUCACAUGGUAUACAUAUACUGUAUUUCAUUUGGAACUCCUCGGUCAUUUUUAUCGAAAACAACCUCGGAUGUAUUUGGACGGUUUAGAUAAACUUUAUGACUUAACUCUUGGUAAUCUUAAUUAUGUUUGCAAUAAUUCACUUCACUGGCAAUCAAUUUAAGCUUAGAUCCAUAAAUACAACUCAAAAACACCAAAUUUCAUUAAUGAUAUAAUUUAAAAUAUAUGAACUACAAUAACUUCAAAUGACGUACCAGCAAACAUCCGAUGUUGUUUUGGACAAAACUGGCCGAGGACUUCCGAAUGACUGUAUUUGUGUACAUUAUGUUCCCGGUGGCCACAGCAGCCCCGUUUGCCCGAAACGUAUUGCGCCGUGUGAUUUUGGCCAUUGUUGUCUCCAUAAACAAGUUUUGUAAGGUUGUGCUAAGUUUCCUCACGUUAUAUCAAGGUAACCGUGCCAAGCCGUAGGGGCGAACAAGUGGUUCGUCCAAGGCGCACUAAGGUCCGGGCGCGGUCUACCAGGGAUGCAUGUACGUUGCGUCCCGGUCCGAUAUGUUCUGAUGGGAUCCCUCACGUUGUUCACGUCUUCAUCCAGGUCUGAUGCGUUUUCCACGUUUUGUCAAGGCUUCCUAUGCAUCAAACGCGAACACCGCAGAACGUUGGAUUACGUUUGUGUCCACGGUAUAAAUAAUAAUAAAAAAAAAACAGCAAUCACUGUAUCACUGUAUCAGAAUACUUCGACAAGUAAACAUGAAUUCCCAAGAUGAAGAAGACCGCAAAUGAAACGUAACGAAACGGCUAUCGUUCACCCUAGCUUGCCGUGAAAACCGUGACAAAACGAAGCACACCGUGACAAAACUGGAAAGGAACUUCAGAUACCGGGGAUUACGUAUGAUUCCCGCCCCCCCUACGGACGAUUUAUAAGUUGUGUAACGGCCUAUUACGUACUGUCACGUACUGUCACGUGUCAUUACGUUUACCCCGUUUUACUACGACCUACUACGUGUAUCAUCCACACCGUGGCUGCCGUGGCAAAUUUUUUGACAGUUUUUGACACGACAACAACGGUCUGUAACGUUUUUAUAUCUCGUUCCCCCGCGCUGUCUCACGUUUAUCCCGUUUUCUCCACGGUUGUCUGAAACGGGGCUACCGUGGCCACCGGGAACAUAGUGUAAACGUAAGGACCACAAGGCGUAUGUCAUAUAGUAACGGCGUUGUGUUGGUAAUACACUAGUUUUGGUUCUAUAUUGGUUUCACAAUAUGUGUAUA